AUGGCAGAAGUUGUUGAAAUUUCUGAGACGGUGUCUGAACCGGAAGUAGUGGCUGAAGAUGUUUCUGUGGUUGUUGAAGAGGUUUCUGGUGAUAAUGUGGUCAAUAUUGAAGAAAUAGCUGCUGAAGUGUAUUACUAUCAGUUAGAGCAGGAAGUUUUGGGAAGUUUAAUGAAAUCUGUAUUGCCUCCUAACAUUUCUGAAUCUUUUGCAGGUUACUUUGAAGAACCAAAGACCGGAUCAUGCCCAAGGUUUGAAGAGAAGAAAGAAGUCGUUGAAGAGUUGAUAGAUGUGUCGAAAGAGAUGACUGGAGAAGCUUUGAGAGACAUAGCUGACAAAGCUCUAAUGGGAAAACUCAAAGAGGUAGACUCAGAAUCCGAGGAGUCAAAGUCUGUCAGUAGUGUGUCUGUCAAACAAGAGGAAUCUGGAGUUCAAGAGAUCAAAUCAGUCAAACUGUCUGAGUCUGAGUCAAACAAUGUCGGUAAAACUGAUUGUGUAGAGCAGAAAUAUCCAGAUGGGGUGGAAGCAGCUUUGAAUCUCAAAUUGAGAUCGAUAGAAGAUGAUUUGCCUGAGACCAUAGAUGUCACAUUUUCCCCAUCCGAUACCGACAAGAAAUCUCAGGUUAUUAAAACGAUUGUCGAUCAGGUGUUGGAUGAGGAGAGUGAUAAAUCUGAAAAGGCUCAAUCUGAGAAGUCGAAACCGUCUGUUGAGGUCAAAAAGAUGGAGAAUGCUUUGAAAAGUGAAUCAAACAUUUUUAAAGAUGAUGUUGUUGAGUUUGAGAAUGAAGUUGAUAAGUUUCUUGAUGAAUUUCCACCGAUAACUAACAAAAUUAAAACGAUUGUGAAAGAAGAAGUUCCAAAUGUCACAUUUGAUUUUCCGAAAACAAAUGAGAAGUGUGAUGUUGUGUUCGGAAGUGUGUCAGAAGGGCUGUCCAAGUCUAUUCUAUCAAAGUGGAUUAUGGAUAGUGGCGCUUCAAGGCAUAUGACUGGGACGCUUGCUCUGCUCUAUGAUGUCAAAUCCAUAAACGGAAGCUAUGUUGGAUUUGCCGGGAAUCAAGGUGGAAGGAUCGUUGGUCAAGGAACGCUGUCAAAUGGCGUGAUUCCGUUCGACAAACCAGCUUCAGUGUUGUUCAAUCCUAUUCAUAAUGUGUGCUGCAGUUUGGAUGAGGAACAAAAUCCGUUGUUGUCAGAAUUCAGAAGUAUUCUGGAAUUUAUGAGGAGAGUGCCAAUUCUGAAAGCUUUAAUAGAGAAACGCUUAAUGUUCAGAUCUCAUAUUAAACGUUUUUGGAAGCAUGCAUCUUAUGAUGAACAAAGUAAAACAAUUAAUUCAGUUGUUAAGAUUAAUGAUGAGAAGAAACCAAUUGUCAUUUCUGAAGUUGUUAUUCGAGAAAUAAUUGAUUUCCCGGAUGAAGAGAAUUCGCCAACGAAAUUGCCAGAAAAGAUGGUUAAGGGCUGUAUGCUAAGAAUGGGCUAUGUUAGUGACUUAAACAGUGCAAGUUAUUUGAAGUCAAAGUUUACAAAGCUGUACAAGUUUCUUAUUCAUUCUGUGUUGAUAGCAAUGAGUCACCAGGAAGGAGGAUUUGAUACAAUGCGUGAUUAUUUGAUGAACAUGGUUGUAGCUCUUGUUUUGAACAAGAAAUAUAACUUUUCUCACAUUGUCUUCCAUUACAUGGUUGAUGAAAUAGUUUCGGACAGGAAGACUUGGCUAUAUCCAAGAUUUGUGCAGAUGAUGUUAGACCAUGCAUAUCCUAAUCUGGAUAGAGACGAAGAAAAUGAUCUGUUGGUGUUAUCACACAUGGAUAAUGAUUCUAUUAGAUCAUUAGCCAGAUAUCAUCCAAAACAUCCAGAGCCAACAAAGUUUGCUGAAUUAUUUGGAGCUAUUAAAGACGAAAAUUAUCAGGAUCCUGAUCCUGAAAAUCAUGAACAUUGGAGAAGUGAAGAAGAAAGAAAAGAGAAAGGUUAUGCUGAUGAGCUGAAAAUUCUUAAAAAUUUCAUGUCAAAGAGAGGUGAAUGGUUCUUAAAGGAACAGAAGAAGAAGAAGAAGACAAAGAAAGCUACUUCUAAGACACAAAAGGAUGAAGAUGAACCUGAAGAAGUUGAGCCAGUUGUUGCUGCAGAAGAAGAUCUGUCUAAUGUUGAUGAUCAUAUGUUGUUUGAUAAUGACGUCUUAGAGACAGGGCCAACAGUGGUUGCUGAAGUUGAUCAAGUUGUUAAUGUUGAAGCUCAGAAAGGGAAAGAUAAAGUUAUUGAUGACAUUGAGGGAGAUGAUGUGGAUAAAGAUACUACGAGUUCCUCGAGUUCUUCAGAAGAGGAAGUUGAUGAAACUGAACGUUUACGAAAAGUUCAGGAAGCAAUAGAAAAAGAGAAGUUAUUGAGAAAGAGAAAGAGACAGGAAAAGGACGAUGAUGAUGCUUACGUUCCUUCUCCUGAACAUGUCUCCGAGUCACAAUCUCCUCCAAGUGGUAGAAAGAAGGCUGGAGCUCGAGAUUUUUAUUUCGCAAACACCUCACAAGUAAAGAAUGUUGAAAAGAAGGUUGAUGAAGUGAUUGCUGAGAACAAGAAGCUAGCCGCUGAAAACAAGAAAGUUAUAGAUCGUGAAAGAAUUCUAGAAAUGCGUGUGAAGAGGUUGGAGAAUGAUAACAAAGAGUUGGUGAGAGUUGCUAAGCUUGAGGAAGAGAAAGCUCGACGAGAUGAGCAAAAUGAAUAUUUCAAGUUGAAGAACAAAGAACUUGAAGCAGCUAAAGCGUUCAGAGAUCAUGAGUUCUACAUAUUGAAUAAAGUAGUUGAAAGCAUGCUCGGAACGUCUGUAGAGAAAAAGUUUGAAGAGCUGCAAGUUGAAGAGCUUAGAGCGCAACGUCAAGCUGAGAUAGAUAAGAAAAUGAAAGAAAAGGGUAAAGGAGUUGAAGGAAGUUCUGCAGUGACAGAAAGAUCUAUUGUUCCUUCUAUGGUUGUUGAAAAUCCUGAGCCUAUCUCUGCUGUUUCUUGUCUUUUUGAGGAUUAUACUCCUCUUGAUGAGUUGAUUGGAGAUAGUGAUGAAGAAGAUGAAGAAGAGGAGGAUGACGAGGAAGAUGAAAAAGAUGAGAAAGUCUAUUCGGCGAGCAGUCAUGGUUCUGACGAUGAUGACGAUGAUGCUCAGGGUGGUACAGGAUUGAAAGUUACAGAGGCUUCUACUGAGAAUAAUGUUGAUGAUUUGAUGAACGAUUCUGUGAACGAAGAAUCAGGGGGAGCUGAUAGACAGGGGGAGUCAGGUGAUGCGCAGAACGUUCAACAAGCUCAGAAGUUGAUUCUGAGAUUGGAUACUUAUCAUGAAGAAGGAGAGCAUUUCCAUACUUACACGUUGGAAGCAAUUAAAGAAAUGACUCGCAUGGUGAAUCCUGACUUUAAGUUCGAUUUUGAAGAAGAACUGAAUGCCGAGUUUAAAGAAGAAUUGAACGCUUUCGAUAUAAAUCAGCAGUCUGAGUAUGAGUAUCGAUAUGUUGAAGAGGCUGACUUGUAUGAUAGAGUUGAAGUGGAAGACUGGACAGAUGAUGAAAGCGUUAAUGAAGAUACUUCACAGUUGCCAACGUUGAUGGAAUUCUUUACUGAGGAGAAUCGUGAUGAGCUGCGAAGAAAAGUUGCUGAAUUUUGA